UUUAAAUGCCCCCAAAUGGAAACCACAGGAGUCUAUUAAAUGUGGUGGCUGUUUCCAGCAUACAAAUCAAUUUUCGUUGUGGUGAAUAAUGCUUGGUUUGUUUAAAGAGGCAUGACUGAUUUUUGGAUGAAGAAUCCUGUCACUUUGGCAUUUUCAUGGUUUUAUUUAUUGCUCACAAAUGUAUAAAACUUGGUGCUGGUCUCAGUGCCAAGCUUAACAGUGGAAAUAGCUGCAAGGACCACAUAACUACUGAUGCAGUCAACGGGCUUCUCCUAAAAGACAUUUUCUGGACUCUUGAGAAGCUGUUGUUUUGAGUAACAUGGCAGUGAAGGAUUUCAUCAUCUGGCAUCUGCUGGCUUUGUUUUUAAUUCCAUUUUGCCUGUGUCAAGAUGAAUACAUGGAGGUGAGCAGAAGAUCUAAUAAAGUGGUGGCCAAAGUAUUGCAAAGUCACCACCAGACUGGCCAUAAAGGUUCCAGCAGCAGGGAAAUAUUGAAACAGCGGAGUCAACUUAUAAAGUCGACUUUUGAUGAUAAUAGCACUUCUACAGACCAAAAUGCCCAGAGACCAGAGGUAGAUGAUGUAGCACAGACUACCUCAGACAGAGUCCAGCCCCCUCAAAGUGGACCUCAACAUCCAGACUGCAGUAGCUGCUGCCGUGGAGAAUUUGGAUUUCGAGGCUAUCAAGGGCCACCUGGACCUCCAGGGCCUGCUGGGAUGCCAGGAAAUCAUGGAAACAAUGGAAAUAAUGGAGCACCUGGCAAUGAAGGAGCAAAAGGUGAAAAAGGAGACAAAGGGGACAUUGGACCAAGGGGAGAUCGUGGCAAUCAUGGACCCAAAGGAGAGAAGGGUUACCCAGGGAUUCCACCAGAGCUUCAGAUUGCGUUCAUGGCUUCUAUGGCAACGCAUUUCAGCAAUCAGAACAGUGGAAUAAUCUUCAGUAGUGUUGAAACCAAUGUUGGAAAUUUCUUUGAUGUUAUGACUGGUAGAUUUGGUGCCCCAGUGAAUGGGGUGUAUUUCUUCACCUUCAGCAUGAUGAAACAUGAGGAUGUGGAGGAAGUGUAUGUAUACCUCAUGCACAAUGGCAAUACAGUUUUCAGCUUAUAUAGCUAUGAAUCGAAAGGAAAAGCUGACACAUCAGGAAACAGUGCAGUGCUGAAGCUUGCCAAGGGAGAUGAAGUUUGGCUGCGAAUGGGGAAUGGAGCACUCCAUGGAGAUCAUCAGCGCUUCUCCACCUUUGCUGGAUUUCUUCUUUUUGAAACAAAGUAAAAAAAAAAAAGUGUUCACUUUUAGGCAGCUUUUCUUAGCUGAUUUUUUUCCCCUGUUGAUGGGAUAAGAAAACAACAUGGUAGGAUUAGGAAGGCUUGUCCACACUGGGUAAAAGAUCUUAUUUUUUUGAAGAUACCUUGUCAGCUAGGUUUCACCUAGUGGUCAACUAUCAUAUUUCUAUUGGGGUAGAAAAAAAGAAAGAAAACAAAUCAACAAAACAGAUGAGGAAAAAAGGGGGAGAAGGUGGGUUUUUUUAAGAACUUAUUUAGAAAGGGGUUUGGUCAGUCUGACCCAAAUUUAGUGUAGAUAGAUUUUGUUCCAUACAGCAGAAGCUGCACAAUCCUUGAUUCAUAAUUGUUUAUUCAUUCAUUUAUCCAAUCCUCUAUGGAAAAUGGCUGUGAGUAAGUAAGUCUGCUCAACUCUAGGUGAGAGGGGACUUAGAGGAACAGGCUUAUACUGGACUAGAAAAACUUUUACAAAUAGAAAAUAUGUGAAAAAUAAAGCUAGUAGAGAUUCAGGUGAUGGCACCAUCCCGUUGAACACUUUUAAGAUGAGCUUGGUGACUGUAGCACAGUUCUCUAGUUUGCAUUUAUCCACUUAAAAACAUGCAAUGGUAGUAUUUCUUAGCUUUAGAGCAGCUCAAGGCAGAGGUUCUUUGGCUUGUUUUAUUCAGGAUGUCAGAUUAGUUCUCAACCAGGAGUCCACAUGAGUAGGCCCAGGGGUCUGUCAAACAGAGCCAGGAUUGGACUCAUUGGGGUUCAGGGCAGAAAGCGAAAGCCCUACUAUGCAAAGCUGAAGUCUGAGGCCCCAAGCCUGAUCAGUCAGGGCAGAAGCCAAAGCUUGAACAACUUAGCUUUGCAGAGCCUGUUGUGGUGUGGAGCCCCAGGCAAGUGUCCUGCUUGGUACCCUCUAGCCCCAGCCCUGGUUUUUAUAUGGAGAAAACCAGUCAUCAUGGCACAGGUUGGCUGUUGAGUUUUAAUAGUAUGUUGUGUGUGUGGGAGGGGGGUCUCAAAGUAAAAGGUUGAGAACCCCUGGACUAGAUGAUCAUAAAGGCCCUUACUGGCCUUCCAAUCUGUGAAACCUGGUACAGCAGGAUAUUAGAUUGCAGGAUACUAGAUUUCAGGUUAGGAGCAUAUUGCCAGAUGCUUAGAAUACUCACACAGCACCUCCAACUGGAGAAGGAGGAAUCUCUUGGAACACUUAGAAAGGUUUAAUACCUUCAUGUUUACUUACCAGAAGAGGUGUGCCAUUUACCUCAGUCUGUUCUGGAAGUUAUGUUUCAAGGAGCCAGUAUUUCAGGAAAGGCAUCACAGUAUGGCAAACCAUGGCUACAUCAGUACAAUAGUUAGCUGAUAAACUGAAACUUUAUCUGGUUCAGAAUACCUGGCCAUGCUAAGCAUGGCUCUGGUUUUUGUUAUUCCACAGUCUUCAUGAACAUUAACAUUUGCCCUCUGUUUUUUAAGUUAUAUUACUUGAAAUCCUGUGUUGCCAUUAACUUAGCAUUGGCAGUACCAAAUAGGCUAGCCUAAUACUGAUGUCUGAACUCAUGGGUCUUCUGUAUGUUCCAGCUCUUCCCCCCACAUGGAUGAAUCGGUAAGCAUUUUAACUGAUGAUUUGUAACAGAUGUAAGGUACCACUAAUAUAUAGCAAGAAGGUGGGAUUAGCAUUAGUGUGAAUUCUGAAUUCUAGCAAUUUUUUUACAUAGGAUAGUGAUUAUCAUUAUCAGUGCAAUAGAUUAAUGAAUUUAAAAUCUGACCUCUGUGUUUAAAUAUCCUUGUACUAAUUCCUAGUCUAUGUAAACAACUUCUUUUAAUGGGAAAAUACGUUGAUACUUGACCAAUGAGAUCUUCAUUACUUUUAUAUUUGUGCAUCAAACACUGACAAAAUAUGGAUUUUAAUGAAUAACUUUAGGUUUUGUCUGAAUUUAGUGUGGUGGUAAGCCAAGGAUAAUUUUCAUAAUCUAAACCCAUCUUAUUUUAAUGUAAUAUUCUGGCAAUAUUUUGACAUGCCUUAAAAUUUUAAAAAAAAAUCAUACCAGGAAAUCAUAUUAAUCUUAUUCUUAGAAUAAGUAUAUUAGGCACAUAUAAGAUAUGGCAACGGCCAAUAAGCCUCAUGGUACAAAAAUCUUUUGUUGAAAAUUUCAUUACUUCUUGUGUUAAGAAUGUUUGCUUACCUUUUUAUACAUACAUUGUACCUAAUAAAGACUGUCACAAAAUUA